UGAACAUUGGUAAAAUUUUGAUAGUUUUACACAUAUAUAUUUUAUCGUGUAGACCUUUUUUUCGAGCGCGCGCCAUUUUUGUCUUACAAUUUUUCGAUAAAUAAUUUUUUGCGAAAAUGCUGUAUGGUGAAACAAAUAGUACUUCCUUUUGGGCGCCGUUCCUGGGGCAGCGGAAAAAGCUUUCGGUGAAGUGUGAGAUCGGGAAGAUGCCAUCGGAAGGUACGAUUGAUGGAAUUCCUUGUCCCAAACUGCCUGGUAUUAGCUCAACCCAGCUCAGCUCCUGGUCAACGGAAAGAACAGCGAAAACUUUGGUGUGGACAUUCCAAGACGGGCAACUUAGUUCCGGUAAAUUUGGCUCGGAAACGGGUAUGACCACACGCCGUAUCGUACUGCUUCAAACCUGGAUCACGCACACCGGAGAAUGCGCCGCUUCCAGCCACGGUGGAAAAAAACCCCGACAGAAAACCGAGAAUGGACGGCAACUCAGACAUUUGCGAGUUAUUGGGAACGAUGACGGAUUUGCUGCAAUAUAUAGAUUCUUGACAAUUUAAGGAGUUUUGUUUUUCCACCUGGUGUUAGAAAAGUGCAAAAACAGUAUUAUU